AUGAUUCCGCUCCUUGCUCAACUUGUUUACCUCCUCCUCUUGAAAGUUGUGACCAAUGUGCCAAACGUGGCAGAUUCUGCGUGGAAGGAAGACGUUCGAAUGUGGAACAAUUGGGGAAACGCUCCUCUUAAUUUCACCCCAAACUCUAGUUCCUCUAAUGCUAAACCUCACUAUGAUCCUUAUCCUAAGCCACCAAAGUCUCUCAACCCUUUUGUUACAUCUUUUGUACCAACUCGACCAAAAUCACCUCCCAUCAAAGUUGAAGACCCUCCUCCUACUUUUUCUUCCAAUGCUAUUAAUGUAGAAUCUACCAAUGUUGUUGAUUUAGAACCAGAACCUGUUCCAAAAACCACUAACCCUGUUGAACCACCCCUAGAUGCCGUGAUUGAAGAAUGUAUUAAAAAAUAUGGUGAUAAAGCUGUUCUUUUCUGGUUUGCUAAAAAAGUAGAUUUAUCUGAAGAAAUUAGACAUGUAGGUAGAUAUGUUCCUUCUUCUUCCUCCGCCGAUACCAUUGCUAGUCUUACUCAACGUAUGGUAGAAAGCUUGUAUGAACAUUGGUCCGUCUUUGAUCCUAACUCUGAAAAAGAGGUCCACGCUAGAGUCUGUCUUGUUCAAAGGUUGAAAUCUCUUGUUGCUCAUUUUAUCAUGCAUCCGCCUUCUUCUGAACCUUCUAAUCCUAGUACUUCUUCUUCUGGCAAGGGUAAAAAGCGUGCUUUCCAUUAG